AUGAAAUCUGAAGAGACUGGUACAUUUGGCUCUCACGACAAUGGCUUGGACACGACAAGCAAUAAAACGUUUGCUUCCAGUGUUCAAUCAUGGCUUGACAGGUGUCCAAACACCCUCGAGUCAACCGUGUUCAGCGCGUUGUCCGAGAGCCCAGCCAGCCACCCACGGGAAAGCCUUGCUUCGCAGCCCCGAUUGAAGAAUUGCUAUCCCCACGAGGACCAAAUCGCGAGAUUUGGACGUCAAAUAGGAGAAAAAUCGGCGGUUCUCAUGUCUCAGGUUCGGGUGUAUGAGGACCUCUUACGUAGUCUGCAUCCUCGUCUUGACCGUCAAUCAGCAAUACAAAUUGAGAAGGUCAUUAGUGAAUUUCCAGGCGCACCUUUGACAUCCCCGAGCACAACCCCCGAUAGCCAGCAAGUGCAGAGAAACCCUAUACAGCCGACCGAUCAUACCAUUGAGGACCUCAACCGUGACAGAAAUACUCAGGUCGCAGGGCUCUUGGGUAGGCCAUCAGAGGUAGCGUGGCUCUCUAGUCUCCAAUGUGAAAUGGACCAACACAUGAAACCUGAGUAUCCAUUGAGAAAGUCGAAACAGAUGCUGCUCUUGUCUGCCAACUACUUCCUCGACGGCUUACAGAGUCCUCUGGCCCAUCUGGAUGACUUUCCGGAUUGGCCCACGGAAGAAGCUGCUAACCAAUUGCUCUCUAAUGAGAAAGGAACCGGAAGCUGGCACUGGCGCACACAUGUAUACUUCACAAGGGCUUGGCAGCUCUACACGAGGGAUUCUGCUGAACGCGACCACCCAAAUCUACAACAGGUGCAGGUCGAGUCCCUUAUUUCACUAUACAUGCUUUCAAUAGGCCAUAUCAAUAGGGCGGUGGCGAAUGUGCGGCGUCGCAAUGAGAUCAGCAGUGGCCAUGGGAAUCCAUCUUCGUAG